AUGGAAUGUGUGCACCACUACACAGGGAGAACCCUGUCCCUCCUUGCUGUGAGGCGACAGCGCUACCCACUGCGCCACCAUGCUGCCCAAAGAAGGAGGUUGCCAAGUGCCUUUCCUAAAAUAGAUGGUGCUUUUCAGCUAAUACACCGCCAUGUAUUUGAAGCAAAUUUACAGAACAGCCAUAGGUGUCAGCAAAGGUUCAUAGAACACAGGGAGAAAAUGCUGAAAGGAGGAGGUGAAAGGUCUAUAUACCAACACACACAGAGGAAACAGAAGGUUCUAGUCAGAGAUAGACUCCGCAUGCUGUUGGAUGAUGAAGAUUAUCUAGAACUUUGUCCUUUUGCUGGAUUAGGUUUACCUUAUGGAGAUGUUCCAUCAGCCAGCUCUGUCUCAGGCAUUGGUAAAAUAAAUGGACUGUGGUGUGUGUUCAUUGCUAGUGAUGCCACAGUUAAAGCAGGCUUGACAUACCCUAUUUCAGUAACCAAGACACUGCGGGCACAGGAAGUAGCCAUUCAGAAUCGUCUGCCCUGUGUGUACUUGGUUGACAAUAGUGGUGCAUUUUUGCCUCUUCAGUCAGGCCUCUUCUCUGAUAAGAACCAUGCUGGCCGCUUUUUUUACAAUGAAGCUGUAAUGUCAGCAAUGAAGAUUCCACAGUUGGCGGUGGUGUGCGGGGCAUGCAUAGCUGGUGGAGCUUACGCACCUGUAAUGGCAGAGGAGGCAGUGAUUGUGCACAGGAUAGGGACCCUAUCUUUAGGAGGUCCACUGCUGGUUAAAGCUGCUACAGGUGAAGAAGUGUCUCCUGAGGAUCUUGGAGGGGCAAAAUUGCACACAGAAGUGAGUGGCUGUAUAGACUACUUUGCUGCUGUGGAGAGUGAGGCGUACGAGUGCACCAGGAACAUCAUCUCCACUUUCAACUUUGAGCUCCCAGAGGAGAGCACCACUGAACUGGAGGAGCCCCUGUACAGUGCUGAGGAGCUUAUGGGCCUUGCACCAAAGAGCUACAAUUACAGCCUAGACAUCAGACUGAUUGUCAGUCGGCUGACUGAUGGAAGUCGGCUCCAGGAGUUCAAGGCUCGCUAUGGCACCACUCUUCUGACUGGAUUUGCCAGAAUCGAAGGACAUCAGGUUGGCAUUGUAGCAAACAAUGGAGAGCUGACAUAUGAAGCCUCUCUGAAAGGUAGCCAUUUUGUUCAGCUGUGUGAUCAGAGAGACAUCCCUCUAAUCUUCCUGCAGAACACGGCCCCACAGCCUGUCCAAACUCUCUCACAAGCCAAGGCAGAAACCCACUCCAAAACACUAAAAGCUCAAGGAUCCAUGAUGUCAGCUGUGGCCUGUGCUUCUACUCCUAAAAUCACUGUUGUUGUCGGAGGCUGUCAUGGUGCUGACAGCUAUGCUAUGUGUGGAAGGGCUUUUGAACCCAACUUCCUGUUUCUGUGGCCCAAUGCUAGAGUAUCAAUUUUGGCCCCAGGUUAUGCUGGUGCUUUGGUGCAGGAUGAAGAGGAGACAAUGCGCAUUAAUGAGCAGCUGGAGGAAGAAAUCUCAGCAUUCUUCUCAUCAGGCAGAAUAUGGGAUGAUGGAGUGAUUUUUCCACAAGACACAAGAAAGGUUUUGGGAAAAUGUUUGAAAAUCAUCAAGCAAAAGCGUUACCAGCUGUCUACAGAAAAGCAGACAUGUCCCUUUCUUCGAAUGUAA